AGUACAGGGUAGCUUUUUACUGCUUCAUGAUUGAUCAUAUCAUCAGAACCUUGUCCUCAACCUAACUACAUAUUACCUAUAUAAGUGUAUAAAGAUGAACCUUACAUACAUAUAUAUAGUGUGUAUUUAUACAUUUUUAAUAUUUGCAUAGAAUUUCAGUAGCGCCUACUCAAACUCACAUUAAUUUACAGCUUCUUUUGCUCGUUUUAAUCUAUAAACUUUUAGUAAUUUUAAGAGGGGAAAAAAUAAAAAAAAGGUUCAGAGAAAGUGUCAGAAAGAGAUCAUGGAGAGGGCAACAGUGAUAAGAAGUAAUGUCAGUGGAAGCUAUUCUCAGAAACGAAUCAGCUUCAUCAGAGACAGAGACGCAUCUUUCUCUUCCUAUCUACGACCUCAAGAACCCAAAAAUAAUGACGACCAUGAUCGAGAAAAUCCAGGUGGAUCAUGCACGACAGUCCUCGACGAUUCGACAGAGAUCAGCAUUUUCGAUGCCCAGAAGUAUUUCAACGAACCAAACGUAGUUGAAGCUCAAAAUAAGGUGAUCAACAAUGGCAGCAGCAAUAACAGAAACAACAUCGUCCUCAACAACAAGGACGCUCCGAGACUCUCUUCUGCGUCUUCCUCAAUUGAUGGGUACUCCUCAAUCAGCAGGAAUUACAGAGCUCAUUCUUUCCACGUGGCUGCAACUCCAACAGCUUCGUCGGAAGCAAGUUGGAACAGCCAGACUGGUCUUUUGUCUGUACCUCCAGGAACCACCAUGGGAGUAUCUCUUAGAAACCCCCUUGUAUCCACUGAAGAGGAAAAGAAACUCCGAGGUUCAGCAUCUUCAUCGUCAAUAUCAACCUCCUUCUCUGCUACAAGAUGGCUUAGUUAUACAAGAAAAUGUCCUUGUUCCGGUAAAAAAUCGGUACAAGUGAAAGAAAAAUCUUUAAGGUCAAAAACUACUACAAAUAUUCCUCCAUCUCCAACACCACAACCGUUAUCACAAGUCCAUGUCGGAGUAAAUGCAAUGGAAAUGUUGAAAUCCGAAACAGCUAGUUAUAAACCUCUUACGAAACCCCACCGCCACAACCACCAUAGCCUCCAAGAUGAUUGGGUUCAGAAAGGAACACCACCACGACGAAACUGUGAUCAGCUGCUACUGAUUCCAAAGCUUCAGGUCCAAGAUCGACGUGGAAAUGGAAUUUCAUCUUCUUCUACUAGUACUGGAUUUAGUUUUCCUGUACUGAACGUCAAUAAUGAAGUCCCUCCUUCUUCUUCUUCAUCUUGUGCGACUGUAAAACUUCCGGUGCUUAAAGAAGGGUUACUAGCCACGACAACAAAUUCGGUAGAAGACCCACCUCGUGAUUCGUUAGAAGUUUUCCGACCACCACAAGAACCUUCGGUUUCGAGUCGGAAAUCAUCGUUGGAUUUCAUGAGAGAUCGGAAUUCAACUUUCACCGUCCCUACAAGUCCUAAAUCCCGGACGAAUAACAACGAUGAUGACGUGGCAAGCGAUGCUAGCUCCGAUUUGUUCGAGAUCGAGAGCUUCUCUACCAGUCAAACAACAACGACCACCACCUCGGCGACCUACCCGUCGAUGUUCCAUUACCAUUAUUGCCACCGCCGAGACUCGUUGGACGAAGCGUCGACGUUUCAGGGAAUCAGACGGUUCGGACAGAACGGAGUCAUGAUGAACAUGUACUGCCGGCGAAGCAUUGACGAGCCAAUGACGCCGUCGACGGAGUACUGCUACGAGCCGAGCGAGGCGAGCAUCGACUGGAGCGUGACGACGGCGGAGGGGUUUGAUAGAGCGAGUGUGACGAACGCGUCGGAAGCGGAUCAUGUGUCAUCGGCAGCGAUGUUGGUGUCGGAGCCGGAGAAGAGUCGAAAGAAGUCGCCAGCGAGUGGGUUGUUGAGCUGUCGAUGUGAGAAGGCGGUGAGUGUGGGACCGCAGCCGGUGAAGUUAGCAGCUUCAUCCUGUGGUGGUGAUGGUGGUGGUGGGUCCGAAGGGAAUAGAGGGAAUGUGGGACCCGGCGUUAGAUCAGCAUCAGUAAGCUCCACGUUGGGCAUGUGGGUUGUGGGGACGACCGCAGCGAAUAAAACACCGCUCGCAAGGUCUCACUCAGCACGCUUGUCUCUUCCUUUUGCAACAUCGUAAGAGGGGAGCAGCAGGUUUGUGAAAUGUGAAUGCCGCCAUAUCCACUACUUUAUUUAUUUAUUUAUUUAUUUUUAAUUUUUCCUCUAAAUUCUAAAAGCCAGUAUGCUCUUUUUUGUUUUUGUUGUGCUAUGUUAUUUUAUUUUAUUUUUUUCAUAAAACUCUUUUAUUGAUAUUUCAAUGAUUAUUGUGAUAUGUUUUCUUUA